GUCGUGCUCACUGUUUAUUGGUUGGACGAGUUCAUCAGUACACUACAUAGUAUUAAUAUUGUACAUUAUAGCCAUUAUAGCACUGAGUUGGUUCUUUGCUGGUGUAUCUAUUGUUGUGUCGAAGUUUUAUACAAGUAUAAUAUUCAAGCCCUGUAUAACCCUUUUCCCUGCAGGAGCAACAUGACAAACACAAACAGGCGGCCUCAAAAGAAACCUACAAAAACGUUGGAGAAAAUAUUUCAAGAGAUAAAUAGAAGACAUGUACGGAUUAAAAGAAAAGAGAAGAAAAAUAAUAACUCUAUACUUUAUAAAGUGCUGCAAGAACUUUUGAAGAUAAUGCGUAAAUGUGACAGCUUGUUUGAUAGCAUGAAACCAAGAUUAGAAUAUUUGGGCAGCUACUUUGACGGGUUACGCGUAGGACAACCAACAGAGUACGACAUAAAUGUUAUUUUGACUUUUCACAUCAAUUAUAAUAGAAUCGAAUUAGAUGCUAAUUGUACUGAAAAUGGCUACACAAGUAUAAUAAUGCCAGAAGAAUUCCGUAGAUUGUCAAAAACUCCCGCAACAGCCGAAAAAGGUUUCAAGAAAACUGAAUUUUGGUGUGAUCGUUCCUACCAUCUUUUGGUCAACAACUUUCGUUCAUGGAUGCAAAGUGUUGUAGAUGCGGCCCUUAAUAAACUACCCUUAGAAGACGGUAAGCGGAUAUUAAAAGUAGAAGACAAGUACUUUAAAAUUGCUUACAAGAUGUCUGGGCCUGCUAAUACUAUUACAAUAUGUAUGAAAGAUGAUUACGUAAUUGAUGUCGAUUUGGUUCCAACAUUAUCGUUUAAACUACCUAAGCAGCCUUCUAAUACAAAAAUAGAUUUUGAUAAAGUAAAACAGACUAAAAUUUCCUACUAUUUUGCAGUACCAAAGCCAAGUAACAAUGAUCUAAGUUGGCGAUUAGCUUUUCCAUAUCAAGAACGAUAUUACACGGAUAAUACAAAUAACUUAAAAAGUGCAUUAAAACUUUUGAAACUGUUUCGUGAUAUUCAGGGGUUUAAUAAAUUAGCUAGUUAUUUUAUUAAAACUUUGUUUUUGUGGGAAAUUGUUGAAAAUGAUCGGGACUUUUGGAAAAUAAAUUCUUUAAACUUCUUAGUACUCCAUAUGCUGAAAAAGAUGCGAGACAGUUUGGCAAUUGCAACAAUUAAAAAUUUUUGGUGUCCUGAACAUAAUCUUCUUGAAAAAAUUAAACGUGAAACCUGUGAAAACUGGAGUAAUCGCAUAUCUAAUAUAGUAAAUGAUAUAGAACGAAAUAAGGUACAUAAUCCAUAUAUUGUGUUAAAAUACUUCACAAAAAUGACGAUACCAUGCACCUAAACACGAAAUAUUUGUUGAUGUAUCCAAGUAGGUGCACAGUACACAUACAAAAUAAUCUAUGAAUGUAAAUAAACAUAAUUUAAGUUAGGGUGUAAAAGUAAAUAUA